AUGUCCACAAAUGAUGGAAUCCAGGUGCUUAGCCAGGGCGUGGGCUACGGCAUUGUCGUUGGAAUCGGAUUGUUCUUUGCUUUGCUGAUGCUUGGCUGCACUCAUCUUCAAAACAAGUAUACGUCGUACUCAACUCAUCAAGCCGAGGAAUUUAGCACAGCGUCUCGAAACGUCGAGCCUGGUCUUAUAGCUGCGGGAAUCGUUUCCAGCUGGACAUGGAGUGCAACGCUGCUCACCUCCAGCACCUUUGCGUAUACGUACGGCAUUUGCGGACCGAUGUGGUAUGGGGCGAUGGGCAGCUUUCAGAUCUUGCUUUUCGCGUUGAUCGCCAUCAAGAUCAAGUCAAAUGCACCUGGCGCUCACACAUUCCCCGAGAUCAUCCUUGCCCGGCAUGGCAGAGUAGCGCACAUCACGUAUUUGUUCAAUGGCUUGGCUACGAAUAUGCUUGUAGGCGCUUGUCUGGUCCUUGGGGGUUCUCAAGUAGUUGCCGCACUAUCAGGGAUGAACGUUUAUGCUGCCUGUUUCCUCAUACCGCUGGUCGUGGCCGCGUACGUCAUUGUAGGAGGCUUGCGGAGCACUUUUAUUGCCGACUAUACGCACACUGUAAUUCUCUUCAUCGCGAUUUUCAUUUUCGGCUUCGAGAUGUAUGCAACAAAUGCGGUGGUUGGAAGCAUCGACCGAUUUUACGAUCUCCUUGUUGAAGCAUCGGCGACUAUGCCGAUUGCGGGAAAUUAUGAGGGAUCAUACUUGACGUUCAAAUCCGUCAAUGGUUUGGUCUUCGCUAUCGACUUACUUGUUGCGGGUUUCUCGACAGUGUGGUUGGACCAAGCGUACUGGCAACGAGCCAUUCCCUCCCAGCCGGAGACAAGUAUCAAAGCCUACCUUCUAGGAGGUAUCGCUUGGUAUGGGAUACCUUUCGGAUUUGCCACAGCCAUGGGUCUAGGUUGCGCAGCAUUGACAAGUACCACGUCAUUCCCGACAUACCCAAAUCCACUGUCUGCCGCACAGAAUGGCGCUGGCCUUUCAUCCCAAGCUGCUGCAAUUGCACUGCUUGGUAAAGGUGGUGCUGGGCUGAUGCUGUUGUUGCUGUUCAUGGCCGUCACGUCGUCGACUUCCGCUGAGCUCAUUGCUGUGUCAUCCUUACUCACGUUCGACGUCUACAAGACUUACCUUCGACCUCAUGCCACCUCUCAGCAGCUUGUGCGGAUUUCGCACUAUGGUAUCAUCAUCUAUGCCGUCGUUCUUGCCGCAUUCUGCUCCAUUCUCAGCGCUGUCAACAUCAAUCUUACUUGGCUGUUGACUGUGCUUGGUGUUAUUGUUGGCGGCGCUUCAGUCCCGGUCGGCCUCAUACUUCUCUGGGAUCGCAUGUCAACAUUGUCACCUAUAGCGAGCCCGUGGAGUGGACUGUCCUUUGGCUUGAUUGCUUGGCUUGUUACUACUAUGAAACGAUCUGGCUACAUCCAUGUGACGACAACUGGUGAUGCGACGAACGCUGCUGCCGGCAACAUUGCGAGCUGUGCUGGCGGCGCCGUCGUUGCCACUCUGCUAACCUUGAUGUUCCCGGCCAAACACCAAUCAGAUGACCCCAUUGAUAUUGCUCGCAGCAACAAAAUCAAUGGUUUAUCGUCACCGAAAAAGUCACCGUCGGGUUCCAACAUACCGCCAUCCCCGGAUGUGCCUCAGAACUCUGAUGAAGCUGAAAAGGGACCAGCUGUGAUUGUCUCUGCGGCACCAAUCGAGUACGUGCCUACCGGCAAUGAAAUGGUCGAUUAUCUGGAGACCUCUCAUAUCCAACCGUUGGACCCUGUUAUUGCAAAGAAAGGCGAGCGACUGGCUCUUGCGGCGAAUGGGCUAUACGCCGCGAUCGCCAUCAUCGUGGUUCCAUUCACCCUCUUCGGUACUCAGUAG